AUGGCAACUAUCACGGAGGUUCAGACGGAGGCGCGCGCCCCAAAUGAUCUGCUCCUGAAGACGAGUCACAUUAGAAUCGAGAGCGAAGAGGUCCCAACGAAAGGCCUGGCCGAUAUUCCUUUGCCGCCACCACCACCGAAGCGGCCGACGGAGGUGCUGAGCGUAGAUAAAGGAACCCCAGACAGCCAUGUUCCUCGUGACCCUCGGCUCAUCAGAUUAACGGGCGUUCAUCCGUUUAAUGUCGAGCCACCUCUUACAGAUCUGUAUAAAGAAGGAUUCUUAACCUCGCCGGAGCUUUUCUAUGUCCGGAAUCACGGUCCAGUACCGCAUGUUAAAGAUGAGGACAUUCCUAACUGGGAAAUCAGUAUUGAAGGGCUGGUUGAAAACCCUUUGGUCCUGAACUUCCGAGAAAUAUUGCAGCAGUAUGAUCAAAUAACGGCGCCGAUCACCCUUGUAUGUGCGGGAAAUCGACGCAAAGAACAAAAUAUUGUGCGAAAAACCAAGGGCUUCUCUUGGGGAUCGGCUGGAUUGUCGACCGCCCUCUUCACGGGCCCGUUGAUGUCAGAUGUUCUGCGCAGCGCGAAACCCCUGCGUAGAGCGAAGUACGUCUGUAUGGAAGGAGCGGAUAAGUUGCCGAACGGCCACUACGGAACAUCUAUCAAACUAAAUUGGGCCCUGGAUCCCAAUAGGGGAAUCAUGCUUGCCCACAAAAUGAAUGGGGAAUCCCUCCGUCCAGACCAUGGUCGCCCGUUGAGGGCCGUCGUGCCUGGUCAAAUAGGAGGCCGGAGCGUGAAGUGGCUGAAGAGGCUGAUCUUGACCGAUGUACCGAGCGAUAACUGGUAUCAUAUUUAUGACAACCGCGUCUUACCAACAAUGGUCUCACCCGAGAUGGCUUCAAGCAACCCAAAUUGGUGGCGCGACGACCGAUACGCGAUCUAUGACCUAAACACAAAUUCUUCUGUUGUAUAUCCUGAGAACAACGAGGUCCUAGAUCUCUCUUCAGCGGGGCCGUCAUAUACUGUCAAGGGAUAUGCGUACGCGGGAGGGGGUCGCAGAGUUACCAGGGUGGAAAUAUCCCUAGACAAAGGCAAAUCUUGGAGAUUGGCGGAUAUCGAAUGUGCUGAAGACAAGUAUCGUGAUUUCGAAGGCGAGCUUUUCGGAGGGAAAGUGGAUAUGUAUUGGCGCGAGACUUGCUUCUGCUGGUGCUUCUGGUCUCUCAGCAUCCUCAUCCCGGAGCUUGAGGGCAGCGAUGCCAUUCUUGUAAGGGCCAUGGACGAAUCACUGAGCGUUCAGCCACGGGAUAUGUACUGGUCCGUUCUUGGAAUGAUGAACAAUCCUUGGUUCCGUGUCACAAUCACCAAGGAGAACGGGAACUUGAAAUUCGAACACCCAACCCAUCCCAGUAUGCCCACGGGUUGGAUGGAACGCGUUAAGAAGGACGGAGGGGAUCUGACAAACGGUAACUGGGGAGAAAGGUACGAAGGAGAGGAGCCGACAGAGCCAGUGCCCGUGCAGGAGAUCAAUAUGAAGAAAGACGGGCUUGACAGAACGAUCGGUCUUCAAGAAUUUAAGGAAAGUGCCAGCGAUAAAAAGCCAUGGUUCAUUGUGGAUGGCGAAGUGUAUGAUGGUACUGCAUUCCUUGAGGGCCACCCUGGUGGAGCACAGAGUAUUAUUUCCUCCGUUGGCCUUGAUGUCUCUGAGGAUUUCCUCGCGAUUCAUAGCGAGACCGCAAAAGCGAUGAUGCCGGAUUACCACAUUGGAACAAUGGACCAAGCAGGUUUGAAGGCACUCAAGGAUGAUACAUCAUCUCUGUCCGACGAAGUCCGCCCGGUCUUUCUCCAAUCACGGUUGUGGACAAAGGCAACGCUGAAAGAGAAAAGGGAUAUAUCAUGGGAUACACGGAUUUUUAGUUUCCGAUUAGAACACGACGAUCAAACAUUGGGUUUACCAGUCGGGCAGCAUCUCAUGAUAAAGGCUCUUGACACAAUGUCCAGCAAAGAACCCAUCAUUCGCUCGUACACCCCAAUCUCGGAAACAAGCCAGAAAGGAACCGUGGAUCUGCUGGUCAAGAUAUACUUCGCAACUGACGCCGCGGCAGGCGGUAAGAUGACGAUGGCCCUUGACAGACUGCCAUUGGGCUCUGUGGUCGAGUGUAAGGGUCCAACAGGCAGAUUUGAAUAUCUCGGUAAUGGACGAGUUCUCAUAAGUGGCAAGGAGCGCCAUGUUCGGUCGUUUAAAAUGAUUUGUGGAGGAACUGGGAUUACACCGAUUUUCCAGGUUCUGCGUGCCGUGAUCCAAGACCGAAAAGAUCCCACUUUAUGUGUUGUUCUUAAUGGAAAUAGACGAGAGGAGGAUAUCCUCUGCCGAGCCGAGCUCGAUGGAUUUAUGGCGCUCGAUAGUAAACGGUGUAACAUCAUACACACACUGUCGAAAGCACCAGACUCGUGGACUGGGCGCCGAGGACGCAUAUCCGAAGAUCUUCUCAAGGAAUAUGCAGGGCCUGAAGAUGAGAGCAUGGUACUUGUUUGUGGACCGCCAGCCAUGGAAGAAUCCGCUCGGAAGUCUCUCUUGAUGCAAGGAUGGAGAGAGUCGGACCUUCACUUCUUCUAA